AUGGCCGAGACUACGCCAGACACUCCCGUCGCGACCCAGAAGCGCCCACUCGAGGAGCCAUCGUCUCCAUCUGGACCUACCGACCAGCCCGACGCCAAGCGUCCCGCCCUCGACAAGAUUCUCAAGGAGGAGGGCGUCGCGGAGCAGCAGCUCUCUUCCGAUGCGCUCGAAUCUGUCAACGACACCAUCUCAAAGCAAGAAGCGGCUGAUGAUGCUGCUGGUGUCAAGACUGAGGAUGGCGAGCCUGCUGAAGUCAAAGACGAAGAUGAUGCCACGGAUAGGCAAGGCGACACUGUGGUCCCCGAUGCUCCAGCCAACGGCGCGAUCGUCGACGGCGGAUUCCAACAUGUGGACGAGUCCAAAUUCCUUCAUGUCCGCGCUAUCAUCUCCAGCGCUGAGGCAGCGACUGUCAUUGGUAAGGGCGGGGAGAACGUCAGCCAGAUCCGUCGCAUGUCUGGUGCCAAGUGCACUGUCAGCGAGUACAACCGCGGCGCCGUGGAGCGUAUCUUGACGGUCAGCGGUAAGCCCGACUUCGUUGCCAAAGCUUUUGGUCUCAUCAUCCGCACCCUCAACCAAGAGCCCCUCGAAGAGCCCUCCAACCCCCAGUCCAAGACGUACCCACUCCGCCUCCUGAUCCCUCACAUCCUCAUCGGCUCUAUCAUCGGCAAGCAGGGCGUUCGCAUUCGCGAGAUCCAGGGAGAGUCGGGCGCUCGCCUCAACGCAUCUGAGUCCUGCCUUCCACUUUCCACGGAGCGCUCCCUCGUCGUCUUGGGCGUGGCAGAUGCUGUUCACAUCGCUACGUACUAUGUUGCGCUCACUUUGGAGGAGCAGUUGAUCGACCGCUUCGGCGGCCCAGCAGCAUCCAACUACGCCGGCCGUCAUGGUGGCCCGCAGGGUGUUGUGCCUGGCGGCAUGCAGGUCGUACCAUAUGUGCCACAGCACGCUGGCGGACAGAUGGGUCAUCCUGACAGCUUCCGCAACAAGCAACACCAGCAGCCUCCGCGCACUCCCGCCAACCCGUACGCCACGCCCCAGUACAUGCACGGCCAACCUCAACCGCAGCAGCCACAGAUGCCUGGUCCCUACGGCGCGGCUUCACCACGUACUCCCUAUGUGGGCGCAGGACCACAGCCGGCUCAGCCAUACGGCCAUGUCGCACCUCAGCCAGGCGCCCACGCCGGUCCACCGCAGCAGCCAAUGCAGGGCAUGGUCCCAGGCCAGCCCAUCACGCAGCAGAUCUUCAUCCCCAACGACAUGGUCGGCGCCAUCAUCGGCAAGGGAGGAGCGAAGAUCAACGAAAUCCGCCAGCUCAGCGGCAGCGUCAUCAAGAUCAACGAACCCCAGGACAACAACAACGAGCGACUCGUCACCAUCACCGGUACCCAGGAGUGCAAUCAAAUGGCCCUGUACAUGUUGUACUCUCGUUUGGGUGAGUCUACAAAGCUGGAUCGCAUCGAGACUCCUGUUUGGUUCCGCCAUCUGCCUCCCAAUCCUACGACGCCAGUACCAGGCUCCGGACGGCCGCGUAGCAUGGCUACGACGAUGCAUCCUCAUGGCGUUCCUGCUGUCGAGGUACCUUCGCCAGCACCCUCAGACGCUUCUUCGUCCACCCAACAAGGCGUCGCAGAGCCACCGCGCCGCUCACCAAGACCCGGCCGAUCACCAGCACGACCACUCCUCCGUACAGCCUUCCGCAACUUCUCCGGCGUCGCCACGGUCGUCGUAGGCAAACCCAACGACCGCGCUCGCCCUCAGACCCAAUACCUCAUCCACAAAGAACUCCUGACCGCCGCCUCGCCCUUCUUCGCCGCAGCCCUCAACAGCACCUUCGCCGAAGGCCUCGACCAAACCGUGCGCCUCCCCGAAGAAAAACCCGAAUCCUUCGAAUGGUUCCUCCAAUGGCUCUACACCGGCACUCUCACCACGCAACCCACAACCAGCGACCCCCUCGCCACCCCCCCCCCCCACCGCGCCUCCACCCCCCCCCCCCUCCCCCAUCACCCCCACGCGCAUGCGCACGCCCACCCAACCCUCCACGACAUCGCCCUCGACGGCGACCUCCGCAACACCGCGGGCUCCCCCAAAUACUUCCUCCUCCUCGAUCUGUACGCCCUCUCUGACCGCCUCCUCACCACGCCCCUCUCCAACCACAUCCUCACAACCAUCGCGCGGCUCUCCGAAUCCACAAACUCCGUCCCCACCCCCUCCGACACCUGGAUCCUCUACGACACCAUUCCCAGCACCUCCCCCCUCCGCACGCUCAUCCUGGACCUCUUCGCGUACAAAAAAACCGACAAGCUCCUCGAAACCCACAAGGACGACUGGCACCCGCGCUUCCUGCGGGACCUUGUCGUGAAGCUGAAACGUCCCGGGCCGGAGGCUCUGGAGCGGCAUAGUCUCGUGGCGUGGCGGCCGCGGAGCUGGAGCACGAGUAAGGCGUGCGAGGGGUGUAAGGAGGUUUUGAAGCCUGGGCAUACCACACAAAAGCAGUAG